AUGGCUGGCAAAGAUGAGUCGCACCUGCACGCGUGCAGAUGUUACAUUGGUGACUGUGAAAUCAAUGUUGAAGUGAAGAAGUAUUUCUGCAAAGCUGGAGUGAAUGGUAUCCAGCUUCAUGGGAUGCUUCGUGUGAUCCUUGAACCAUUGAUUGGACAGAUGCCAUUAGUCGGAGCAGUGACUUUGUUCUUUGUCCGCCGCCCAGUACUUGACAUAAACUGGACAGGACUUACCAACCUGUUGGAUAUUCCAGGACUGAGCUCAAAGUCUGACACAGUACUUAUGGACACCAUUGCUUCUUUCCUGGUUUUGCCAAACCGAAUCACCUGCCCUCUUGUUGGAGAACUCCGUGUGGCUGAGCUCCGUUCUCCCCUGCCUCGGGGAAUAGUGCGGAUCUAUCUAAUUGAAGCAGCAAGCCUGGAAUCAAAGGACACCUACGUUAAGGGAUUCAUUAAAGGAAAGUCUGAUCCAUAUGCAAUUGUACGAGUGGGCACACAGGCAUUCAUGAGCAAGACUGUCAGUGAAACAGUGAAUCCCAAGUGGAAUGAAAUGUAUGAGGUGAUUGUCCAUGAAGUUCCUGGUCAACUGUUGGAAAUUGAGAUAUUUGAUAAAGACCCAGAUCAGGACGAUUUCCUGGGCAGAAUGCAGCUGGACCUUGGGGAAGUAAUGAAAAAUCAAAUAGUGGAAGAGUGGUUCACUCUGAAAGAUGUUGAGAGAGGGAAAAUUCGUCUGAAACUGGAGUGGCUGUCCCUGUACUCUGACCCAACGAAACUGGAACAGGCACUGAUGGUUAAUAACUCCAUCACUGUGCAGAACAGUGAGGAACCCUCUGCUGCUAUCAUGGUUGUCUACGUGGACCAAGCACAGGAUCUCCCGCUAAAGCAAGGAUCCAGGGAACCAAAUGCACUGGUACAGGUCUCAUUAUUGGACAAAACCUUCGAAAGCAGGACGGUGUAUAACACAAAUGCCCCAGUUUGGGAGGAUGCCUUUACAUUUUUUGUUCAAAAUCCAAAUCAACAAGACCUUGAUAUACAGGUUAAAGAUGAUGACCGUCAAUUUAGUCUGGGGUCACUAUCCAUUUCUCUGUCACAGUUGCUGAUGAACCCAGAUAUGAGCUUUAACCAGUGGUUCCCACUAGAACAUUCUGGGCGCCACAGCCAAAUCUACCUGAAAAUCAUAAUGCGGAUCCUGAUUGCUGACGCAGUUGAUCUGGAGAAGCUGCCUAGAACUCGGAAAUCCACACUGGAAAAAAACACAGGAUCAGCCAAGUCUGACAAGAUGAAUAUGACUGCAGCUAAGUUAGUGGAAGCUGGAGUGGGCAGCCUGAUCCAAGCUCCUUUACCAACUGAGAGCAGUGCCCCAAGCAGUGUGGGGACUGAGGGAGUGAUACGGAUUCAUCUGUUAGAAGCUGAGAACCUAAUUGCAAAGGACAAUUUCAUGAAAGGGAUGGUGAAAGGGAAAUCUGAUCCCUAUGUCAAAGUGCGAGCAGGUGCCCAAAGCUUCCGGAGCAAAACAAUUAAAGAAAACCUUAACCCCAAGUGGCAUGAGAUGUAUGAGGUCAUUGUAAAUCACAUUCCAGGUCAGGAGCUAGAGUUUGAGCUCUUCGAUAAGGACAUUGACAAAGAUGAUUUCCUUGGAAGAUUGAAGAUCAGUUACAAGGACAUCAUGAACAGUAAAGUUAUGGAUGAGUGGUUCAUGCUGAACGACGUCAAAUCAGGAAAACUUCACCUCAAGUUAGAAUGGUUGCCGCCAGGCAUGGAUGCACUUAUCCUAGAUCAGGUGCUUCAGGCAAACAGGACCAUCUUCACACAGAAUGAUUUGGAACCAUCUGCUGCCAUCUUGACCGUCUACCUGGACAGGGCACACGAUCUUCCUGUGAAGAAAGGGAAGAAGCAGCCCAGUCCAAUGGUUCAGAUCACUGUUAAUGGCACUUCAUUUAAAAGUCAGGUUAUUAAUAGCACAGAACUACCCAUUUGGGAGGAAUCAUUUUCAUUCCUUGUAGGGAAUCCAAACUUGGAGCGUAUGGAGCUUCAGGUUAAAGAUGACAGUCAUGUCCUGGGGACUCUGACACUUCCACUCUGCCAACUGCUGACCAGCAAGAAUCUGACCUUCGACAAAUGGUUUAAGUUGGAAAAUUCAGGACCCAAUAGUCAAAUCAUGUUGAAAGUCAUGCUGGGGAUCCUAGUUUCUGAGCAUUCCAGGGAACUUUUCUCAAUUCAGUCUGUGGCACAGGACCCAGCUAACUGUGAGGUGGAGAAUGUGUCAUUCUCGCCUUCAGUUAGUGACGAGAGUGAACUGAAACCUGUUUCGUCACUAGUGAAUGAUCCCAGUAACCAUUCAGUUUCCGAGAACAGCAGCGUUCCAAUCAGUGAAUCGGUGUCAUCUGAACUGGAUCUGCGACAGAGAAUGCAUCGUAAAAUGGAUAUUUUAGAAUCACCACAGAUCAAGCUAACACUGCAGUACCACGUGCAGCAAGGAAAACUGCUACUUGUAGUGCAUUCCUGCAGGAAUCUGAAGCUUCAUUCCAAGGAGAUCCCUGAUCCGUAUGUCUCUCUAAUUCUGCUUCCUGACAAAAAUCGAGUGACAAAGAGGAAGACAAGUAUAAAAAAGAAAACAAUCAAUCCAGAGUAUAAUGACAUAUUUGAGUUUGAAAUAUCAUUGGAGGAAGCACAGAAAAGAAAACUGGAGCUCACUGUGAAGAACAGUGUUUCCUUCAUGUCCAGAGAGAUUGGAAAGCUCCAUUUUGAUCUGUCACCACUUGACUUGACUCAGGAGAUAACACAGUGGUUCGAUUUGAAGGAAGAAUAGAGUGGUUCUGUGGCUUUAUUAAACCCAAUAUUGAGUUUGUUUUUGUUUUAUGACCAACUAUUUUUAAUGGCUUUAUUUCAGUUGAAGUAUUUUAUACCACUUAAAGUAUUAUGUUACAAUUUUUAAUGACAUUUUAAAAUCAAUUACUAUGUUAUUUGUUUUAAUUCAUCAAGUAAGUUCCAGAGACUGCCUUCAGGGAAUUGAGAAAGCCACAUUGCUUAUUCACCGUCUACAGCAUUAGUCCCUUCUCGUGUUUGAAGUUUAUCUAAACAUCAGUAUGAUAUCUGUGGGGAAAGAAAGGAGUGGGGUGGAGAUGUUCUUGGAAACUGUGAUGCUUUUCAAUGACGAGAACAGAUUUAGCUCAGACAUAAUGCAAUGGAAAUCUAUUUAUCCUAAGCGUCCUAUGUGAAAGAAGUUCAAGAGGCAUCAAUGCAAUUCUAUCAUUUAAUGUAAAAUUGGAGUCUGAAUGAAAACUUUAUAAGGAUUGCUAGUAUGAAAAAUGUAACUUUCACACUGGAAAAGAAGGUGUAUAGAAAAUGGAACUCAGGCAGGACUGAAUUUCAUGUUAUGAUUGAUAGAAGUUGUGUAAUAGUUGAUAGCAGUGUACUGUUCCAAGAGUGUGGAAAGCAGUCUUGUUCCCUAGCAUAGACAACUUUCCAAUACUUAUUCAAGAAAUUAAUCCAAAAUACUAAAUUCUACAUCAUGGAACUUAAAGAACUAUCCUGGGAUUUACCAUAAUCUGUAUGUUUCUUGUAGCAUCCUACAGAACAAUAGUGUAGGCUACAGCGUGGACACCAGUAUUUCAGCAAUAGCUCCUCACAUACACAGCACAUUACCAUCCCCCUCUUCAGCAGUGCACCAACAGGAGUUAUACCCCCUCCUGUCCUGUGCUACCCACACAAACCUGCCCCUUGCCCCCUCGCUCACCUUGGACAAAGUGAGGACUGCAGGUGCUGGAGAUCAGAGUCGAAGAGUGUGGUGCUCAAAAAGCACAGCAGCUCAGGCAGCAUCCAAGGAGCAGGAGAGUCGACGUUUCAGGCAUAAGCCCUUCAUUAGGAGUGAUGAAGCCCUCGCUCACCCCACCCUGAGAUAUAAUAUUGGGCUUUGUUUAGUUUAUAGACCAAUUUUAGUUUAGAAUGGGUUGUUAUGCAUUUAGGCUGAACCAGGUUUGCUGAAGACAAGCAAUGAACGAGCCUCUCGAAAUAAUAGGGUAGAAAUUGCUUGUGUGCGUUUUGGGGCUCAAACCUACUGCAGCAUUUGGACAUUGGACCUCAUUAACAUUUUAUUUGCCAGAGCACCAAAACUUUACAGGCAGCUCACACAUUGCAGGUGAAUAUCAGGCCAUCAAUGCUGCCGAGAGUGUUCCCAAAGUAUUCCAUAGCAAAGAUAUUACUCUUACUCUGUCUGGAUCCGUAUAUGUACCUUUUCCACCAGGGCUGCUCAGGAAUUCUGAGUGGCAUUGACUCAGCAUUUGUUUUAGGUAGCUGCCAAGAAAUCCUGAAAAACAGUCUACAUAAAUAUUGUGCAAUAUGUCCUCUCACCUUUUUUCCCAUAGUGCACUGCAGCUUUAAGUGUGUGGGCCUUUUUCAACUUCCUUGUGGCACAACACUUAAGGAACAUCUUGCAAGGAUGUUGCUCCCUACCAGUCCAAAUUUAUUACUGUUAUCCUGUGUUUUUUCUGCCUAGACUUUCUAUCCCAGUUAAUACAAAGAUAUUGAAGGGUUUUAGUGACAACACAUUUUAAAAUAAAGGUUUCCCAUGCUUUGGGUAGAAGCCAGUAGUGUGAACAGCUUUACAAUAUAGUAGAAUUGUUCUGGGCUCUGUGAAGUUCCCAAGACAAAUGUGCAAUUGCAAAUGAAACAGAUGGAAAUAUAUAUGGGUAGUUUAUAGUGCAUAUAUAAACAGCAAAAAAGUUACUAUGUUCACAAUGCCCUUUAAAGGCAAGCCAUGCACUGAGCAAAACUGAGAUGAGGUGUGUCAAAACUGGGAAAACUUGCUCCACUGGAAUAUUUGUUGUGCAAGCAGCAGUCUAAUUUUAGCAGAAAAGUGUGAUUAAGCAUGGAAAUAACAUGUUGAGAACAUAGCAACAAGUACCAUGUUAGAAUGAUGGAAGGCCACAGAUGGAGCUAUGAGUACUGCCGGACCCUGUUCAUAGUUUGACUCCACGGUGAAUAAAAUUGAAUUAACUUCAGAGAUAAACAUUGUGUACCGUAUUAAGAUACCUUCUAUAACCAAAUAGUCCAUAUUUUGGAGUUUUGCAUAAAUAGUAUGCACAAAUGUUUUAUGGCUAUAUACCAGGGUUUUCAAUUGAAUCUUUUAUGUCAUUAGCUUUGAGAAAGCUUUUUGUAUACAUGUUGUUAAAAUGUAUUAUGUAUUCAUGCAGCAAAAUCAAUCAUGACCCAGUGUAACUUUACUCUGUACAGAUUUCACUCUGAUGCAUCCAAGAUUUUCACAUCAGGUUUUCGAUUGUUUAAAAGCUGCAAUAUGGUUUUCCUGAAGAUUAACAAUACAGCAACACAAACAGAAAUUGCUGGAAAAACUCAGCUCAUCUGGCAGCAUCUGUUGAAAGAGAAAUAGAGUUGAUGUUUCAGGCCCAGUGAUCCCCUUCAUAAUAGCAAGGAAACCACUAAUGUUUUUCUUUCCUUUUGUCGACUAUCCUUGUACAAGUCUAUAGAUUCCUUCGAUCCAUUGAUUUUUCCUUAAAUUCUAGGUCCAUGAUCAAUUAAUGAAAUAUCACUCCUGAAAACCAAGACUGAUGAUAUCGUAAAGUAGACUGCCAAGUAUUGAUAUCAGCAUUUUGGAAACUAUUUACAAAAUGAACGAAGUAUCACUGUGGAAAGGGAGGAUCUUUCAAUACAAAAUACUUUACUAAGCAAGUUUUGGGAAGGGUUAUUAAAUAGCAAACAUUCCAAUCUGUGCAAAUCCACAAGGAACCUGCAAAAAACCAAAUUAGUCUUCUGAUUGGAAAAGGUCCACUGAACUACUGUACUCAAGGAUCCUGUAUCUGAUCAGCUGAAACAGACUUAAGUGGGACACUCUGGAAUGUCCUGUGGCUGUGAAAGGUACUAUUAUAAAUGAAAAUUCUUUCCUCUAACAUUCAGCCUGGGUCAUGCUGUUCAUAUUUUGAUUUUUUAAAUUUGACAAUCCCACAAUUCGAUAAUCAGAUCUGCAAGGAUUCAUCUUUAAUUCUAAUAGAAACUUACAAUAUUGUACGACUUUUGUAUAAUGAUACAUUAUUUGGAUUUUGUUCCUUUUGAGUAUUUUGUUCCUUUUGAGUAUUUGUAUAUAAAAAUGGUUUAAAAGACUACAUCGUAAUAUUUGAUCAACAGUCAAGAGUAAUCAAUAUAUAUUGAAAGACAUGGUCAGGCAAGAUAAUGUCAACUAUUGAUAAUCAAUUUUAGUGUUCAUACCUAAGGUUUCUUUUUUAAGGUGGAGUUAAACUUCAGGUGCAAUGUUUGAAAGUUUACAUCCAGACAGUCCUUAAAGUCCAGGUUUCUCUCUGGUUCAGUUAGUGCAAUUUGAUGAUUUCAUUCUGGUUCCUGAUUUUUCUUUUAAUUAGUUCAUGGGAUGUAGGUGGGGUUACUAGCUAGGCCAUCAUGUAUUGCUCAUCCUUCAUCCUUUGAGGAGGUGGUGAGGUGCUUUCUUGAACCACUGCAGUCCUUGUGGAAAUAUAGUGCAGUUAGGGAGGGAGUUCCAGGAUUUUGACCCAGCAACACUGAAUGAAUGGUGAUAUAUUUCCAAGUCAGGAUGGUGUAUGGCUUGGAGGGGAACUUGCAGAGGGUGUAUUUAUUGCCCUUCUCCUUAAGCUUACUGCUCCUCUUCUUUGUAUGUCAGUCAGGAAAUGACGGGACUGGUCUAAGUAGUAAAAACCAACCAGCUAUUUAUAAUUUACAUUCUUCAAUAUCUAGAGCUUUCAUUUCAUAUGAAUUAUGUAGCCAUUAUUUUGUUUGUUACAUGAUAAGUGUGAUUGCUGUUGAUAUUUUCAACUAAAAUUACAUUUAUUAAAGAAAAAACAUAACUAGCAUAAAACAAACUGCUACUUUUGCUAAAUGUAUAGUUCCACAAUAGCACAUUGUGAUUUGAGCACUUGAAUAUGUAGCUCACUUAAAUUGAUAAAGUGGAAUAUUCCUGCAUGUACAUGUAUUACUAUAUAAUAAAGAGUGAAAAUCCAUAUAUAAUCAA